GUGUCUAGGGCGGGCUCGAAGCCCGCGUCCAACAGUCGUCUGAUGAACAAGUUGCACAACUCGUGGAGCGAUGCUAAGCUGGCUGUCUUUACUGCUGGGGACGAUUCACAGGGCAUGAACGCCGCCAUCCGUGCCGUAGUCAGGAUGGCCCACUACCUCGGCUGUACCGUGAUGUACAUCAAGCAAGGCUUCAAGGGUAUGGUGGCUGGCGGUGACAACUUCACUGAGGCCUCCUGGAUCUCCACAGAAGACAUCGCAGGGGUGGGAGGCACCAUCCUGAAAACGUGUAAAUGUCCCGAGUUUGUGGAACGGGCCACUCGAAUGAAAGCUGCGAAAAAUUUGAUCGAAAACGGCAUUCAAAAUAUUGUAGCUAUAGGCGGAGACGGGACGCUCAAAGGGGUCCACUCAUUACAGAAAGAGUGGCAGAGUAUCAUUCGUAGCCUGGACGACAAAAACUUGGUGGAUAAAAGUCUCUUGCACAAGUAUAAAAGUCUGAGAGUGGUUGGCAUCGUGUCCAGCAUCGUCAAUGACGUCUGCGGCACUGACAUGGCCAUCGGGGCCAACUCGGCCAUUCACAAAAUCCUGGAGGCCACCGACGCCAUCGCCACCAGUGCCAGCAGUACCCGGGCUGCCUUUGUUAUAGAGGUGAUGGGGAAGACGAGCGGCUACCUGGCUCUAGCAGCUGCUGUGGCGUGUGAUGCCAGCAUGGUGUUUCUACCUGAGUGGCCGCCGCAGGGGGACUGGAGGGAGGAGCUGUACAGCAAGGUGCGAGACGACCACCUGAUGGGGGUGGAGUGUAUCAUCAUCUUCGUGUCCGAGGGUGCCACCGAUAGGUUUGGGAAACCGAUCACCUCGUCUGACGUGUGUUGUGUUCUCACAGAGAAGCUUAACAUCAACUGCCAAGCCACAGUGCUGGGUCAUGUCCAGUGUGGUGGGGUGCCUUCCGCCUAUGACCGGGUCAUAGCGGCAAGAAUGGGGGCGGAGGCCGUUGUGGCGCUCAAAGGCCUGACGGACGAGCAUGGAUCCUGCGUCAUCGGCAUCAACGGGAACGAGAUCUCACACAUGUCCAUGGAGAAAUGUCUGGAGACCAACGAUCUCCUGGAGCAUCAUCUGGUUGACAAGAACUUCAUGGAGGCCGUGCGUCUGCGGGGCAGGCAUUUCCAGAGUCUCCUGAGCUCCUACGUCCUCCUGCACAGCAUGAGAUCGAACCCCGGGAUUAUCGAUCUCCCACUGAGCCGGGACAGGACCGUGGCCGUCAUCCAGGUGGGGAAGGCGUGUGUGGGCCAGUGCUUGAUUAUCAAGUCUUUUGUCGGCUUCUGCCAGAGCAGAGGCUUCAGUGUGCUGGCCAUCAAAGACGGCUUCGAGGGGUUGCUGAAGGGCACCGUGGUGCGUCUAUGUUGGGACGUGGUCAAGCACUGGUCAUCCAGGGUCAACGACUGCCUGGGGUCCUGCAGGUACCCGGCGGCACAUUACGGUCUAGAAAACAUCGACGCCGCCAUCCAAAACCUGGGAUUGUGUGGCCUUCUGUUGGUCGGGUCGUUCCCUGCAUUCGAGAGUCUGUACCAGAUGUACGAGAAGGUGGGCACAUAUCGAAACUUCGGCAUCCCCAUGUGUAUGGUGCCUGUGACCAUCAUGAACAACAUCCCGGGCUGUGAGAUCUCCAUCGGCAGCGACUCGGCCCUGAACGAGAUUGUCGGCUACUGCGAUAAGAUGAAGCGGCUCGCUAAAGCGAACAAAAACUACGUCUACAUCAUUGAGACUUUAGGCCAGAACUGCGGUUACCUCACCACCAUGUGUGCUGUGUGUGUCGGGGCCGAUGCGGCCUACAUCAGACAGGAGGUCGUCAACCUAGACACGCUCUUACAGGAUGUGGACCACAUUAAAAACAAAAUCCAAAAGUCUGGCGUCAGGAACGCACUCAUCUUAAGGAGCGAGUUCGCCAACGAAAACUACACAUCAGACUUCAUGCAUAAAUUGUUCACGGAGGAAGGAGCCGGCGUGUUCUCGUGUCGAACCGGAAGUGUGGGGCAGGUACAACUAGGUGUCCUCCCCUCCCCAAUGGACCGUAAAAGCGGGACCAUCUACGGGCUACGCAGUGGCGAGUGGCUGUUGAACACGGUGGAGGCUAUCUCCCCCAUGAACGGCAUGAUUUAUGAUGAGAGCCCCAAGAACAAGGUCGUGCUGUGUCUGAACAAGAGGAUCAUCAUGUUCAGGCCGGUCACCAGGCUCCUCGCUGAGACGGACCUGCAGCUCAAGGUCCCCACCUACAACUGGUGGCUCAAGCUACGACCCUUGAUUCGCAUCCUGACCCAGCACUACGAGGAGGACUACGAGAUGGAAUCGACGGACGACAAUGAAGACACUCCUCAAGAGGAAACCACCCAACUCUUCGAUCACGCCGUGGGCGUAUGAGUGGGUGGCUGUGGACACGCCCACUAAAUGGGGUGGUCGUGGACACGCCCACUUUAUGGGGG